AAGGAAUGACUCUAAGUGACACACGUCCUUGAAUAAUAUAAAGUUUACGUACCAAUUAAGGCGAGCUGAGUGUAUAAGAACAUGAAAAUUUCUUGAUCAAAACCAGAAACUGCAACAAUGGCGAAACAAAUUGGCGUGCUUCAGUUCCCGUUCUUGGCCUUCGGCCACAUUAUGCCUCAUUUUCAACUCGCCGUUGCCCUAGCAAACUCCGGCGUCCAUGUCUACUUCGUUUCCACCCCCAAAAAUUUACAGAGGCUUCCUCCAUUUCCGCCGUCGCUCUCCUCCCUCAUAACGCCACUCCCCCUUCCUCUUCCGAAGCUUCACGACGGCUCUCUCUUGCCGGAGGGAGCUGAAGCCACCAUGGACCUUCCUCUCGACAAAGUUCCUUUCCUCGAAAUGGCAUUAGACCUCGCCGAACCGUCGUUCAGGAAACUCGUCGCCGAUCUUCCAAAUCCGCCGGACUGGUUCAUCGUCGAUUUCCACGCUACUUGGAUCUGCAACGUUGCUCGAGACUUGCAAAUUCCUACUCUGUUCUUCAAUGUCAUCUCCACGGGAUUUCUCGCUUUCAUGGAGAAUGUUUUCCGAGAUGGAUUUCCUGAUAUUCAUAAACUCACCACGCCGAUGAAACUCGACGGAGUUGAAUCGGCGGUUUCGUUUCGGAGAUUUGAAGCCGCCGCUAUGAUCUCUGAGUUUCCGGUGAAAAAUGUGACAGGGAUGAGCGUUCAUGAUCGCUUGGGGAAGAUUAUUGCUGCUAGUAAAGCGAUUUUGCUUCGUGCUUGUUACGAAUCGGACCGCCAUUACUUGAAUUUCUACAGUGAAGCUUGUGGGAAGAAAGUGGUUCCGUUAGGGUUUCUUCCGCCAGAAAAGCCCCAAAAAACAGAGUUCUCUGUCGAUUCGCCAUGGAAAUCGAACUUCGAGUGGCUCGAUAAACAGAAUCCGAAGUCCGUGGUGUUCGUAGGGUUUGGCAGUGAGUGUAGAUUGACGAAGGAUCAAGUUCACAAGAUCGCGCGGGGGUUGGAGUUGUCGGAUCUGCCAUUUUUAUGGUCUCUGAGGAAGCCGAGAUGGGCGGCGGAGGAUGAUUCCGACGUGGUUCCGGUUGGAUUUCAGGAUCGAACGGCGGGGAGAGGGAUUGUGUGUAUGGGAUGGGCACCGCAGAUGGAGAUUUUGGGGCAUCCGGCGAUCGGAGGGUGCUUCUUUCACGGCGGGUGGGGAUCCGCCAUUGAAGCUCUGCAAUUCGGGCAUUGUCUUGUUCUGUUGCCGUUUAUAAUCGAUCAGCCGCUGUGUGCGAGGCUGUUGGUGGAGAAGGGCGUCGGAGUUGAAGUUGAAAGAGAGGAGGCGGAUGGUCUUUUCAGUGGAGAAGCCAUAGCCAAAGCUCUGAGAAAAGCUUUGGUUUCAGAAGAAGGGGAGAAGAUAAGAAGGAAUGCGAAAGAAGCUGCCGCCAUUUUUGGGGACAGAAAGCUCCAACAACAAUACAUCGACCAUUUUGUGGAGUUCCUAAAAAUGGAAAACAUUCCUAAAUGAAACUCUCACGUUGCAUUUUUAUUAAAUAAUAAUCAAAUUUAUCCCACAGUGCCAGGCUGGGGAUAUGAAAAGUUUUAAGGUAACAACACAACCUCAUUGCUAUGUCUGCUUUGACAUGUUACAUAUAUUAUUAGGUAACUUUUAGCUCUAGACCAAUUAGUGUCUUAUAAUACCAUUUUGUAGACCCUAGACUCACCCAUUCCUCGCAAUACCAUUUUGUAAUAGUUCAAGUC